AUGGCCAGACUGGCGCUUGACUUCCUGUUCUUUCGGAGGUUCUGGCGCCUGCUAAAAAUCCUCUUCCCGUGCCAUCGAAGAUCGAUCACCGCAUGGCUCGCGGGAGCUCUUCUAAUUGCCACUGCCAUCGAUCAAGUGAUGACCUAUUUGGUUGGUAUCCAGCCCAGUCUGUUCUACGUGGCAUUAGGUAAUCGAGAUCUUGACACAUUCAAGACGCUGUGUGCCAGAGGAGCAGCAAUUAUUAUUGGAAAAGCAUUUACAUUGGCUGUCUUCAAAUAUCUCACCAACAUGCUCGCUAUUAGAAGCAGACAAGUUUGUAACUUGACAAUGCACAGGUUAUAUUUUAAAAGACAAGCGUUCUACAAACUUUCUUCAUCAGGAGAUAUGCUGGAUAAUCCUGACCAACGUCUCACUCAAGACAUCGAAAAAGCCACACGAAUCCUCUCCAACGAUCUCCUAGCUCCAGUAGUGACUGCUCCAUUCAUCAUUGGAUAUUACACGUGGCUCACAUACGAUAGCUCCGGAUGGAUUGGUCCUGCAGCGAUCUACUCCUACUUUGUUAUUCAAACGAUUAUCAACAAAAUGGUACUAUCUCCAAUUGUGCAGAAAGUGUCGGAACAAGAGAAAAUGGAGGGAGAUUUCCGACAGAGACACAUGGAAGUUCGAUCUAAUGUCGAGGCUAUUGCAUUCUAUAGAGCUGGAGUUUUGGAGAAUAUCAUGACGAAUCAGAAGCUGAAGUCCCUGAUUCUCACACAGAAGUCGUUGACGGAGUGGAGAAUGCUUCUGAACGGAAUCACCAACAUUUUCGAUUACUUUGGCGGCAUUCUCUCUUAUCUUAUCAUCGGUGUCCCUGUCUUCAUUUCUCAUCUCUAUGACGACGUUACGCCCGCCGAAUUGAACGGAAUCGUUUCGAGGAAUGCCUUCUUCUACCUCUACCUCAUCUACAGCUUCUCGACAGUCCUCAAGCUUGCCGGCGAUUUUGGAGAACUUGCUGGAGUCACGCAUCGUGUGAUGGAGCUUCACGAAGAGCUGAAUCGCCUCCACUCGGACUGCCUCGAGACAGAUCGCCCUCCAUCCACCGUACCAUCGUCUGUAGUCGUCAUUGCUUCUGAUGAGGACGACAAGUCGGCGACACGACACAUGCAAGAGAUCCACGGAAAGCAAAUGUCGUUGGAGAGAGAUGAGCAAGAAGAGGAAGAGGCGCAGUAUCUGUUGGGUGGGAAAACGAAUGCGGACGAUGAAUGGCCGGAUGACGGAGUGGCGAUUACGGUAGACUCGGCAACACUUUCGCCGCCAAAUGAUCAUAGUCAUUUGAUCGUGCAAUUGCUUUCCCUUCAAAUCAUUCAAGGUCAAACGUUAUUGAUUACUGGUGACAGUGGAUCCGGAAAGUCUUCUCUCCUCCGAAUGUUUGCCGGUCUCUGGCAUUGCUCAUCAGGAAAAAUGGACUGCCAUUGGCGCCGCCUUACAUCCAAUCUAUUCUUCCUGGCUCAAAAACCAUAUUUCCCAUCUGGCAACACAACUCUCCGACAACAAAUUGUCUAUCCUGUGAAGGCGUUGCAAGUCGAUAAAGAUGUCUCCAGAAUCUCCCAGAUCCUCGAAUGGGUCAAAAUGGAGCAUCUCAUCGAGAGAUGUGGAGGUCUUGAUACGCCAGUCGAAUGGGAUUGGAUGAAGACGUUAUCGCCUGGAGAGCUUCAACGGUUGUCGUUGGCGAGAGUGUUUUAUCAGAAGCCACGAAUUGUGUUCCUCGAUGAAUCCACAUCAGCUAUCGGGUUCGAAUUGGAAAUGGCAAUUUAUCGGAAGUUGCAAGAGGAGAAGAUCACAUUUGUGUCUGUUGGACAUCGUUACUCGUUGAAACAGUUCCAUGAUAUGGAAUUGAGAGUCAAGGGUCGCGGAGGAGAAUGGUCACUCCAUGACAUCGACACAGCGUCGAUUGCCAGCCGAACAGCUAGUUUCCUUGGCACUGAUACUGUACUUUCCAUGUAA